CCUCUCACCUGCUCAGAAAUCCCUCAUGGCUGACUCCACCUGGCUAGGAGUUUAAAAAUAGUUUAUUGUUAAUAAUAGCUGACAGAAUAAGCAAGUACUGUGUGCCAGGCCCUGUUCUAAGCACCCUUAAAUGAUAACCUGCCUUACUCCUCCCAGCCACCUCAUGAGGUUGGUACCAGUGCUAUGCCUAUUUCUCAGAGGAGGAACGUGAGACCUCCUGGGAUGGUCUCUUCCCAGGACACACAGUGACUCUGACCUCAACAACCCCAUUCUGUAUCACUAGAUUUUCCCCCAAUUAUAACUAAUAAAUUCUUAUGAACAAUAUUUUUAUAAUAUGGGAAGUUAGAAAGAGGAAUUAAUAAACUGUGUUCGUAGCACCAGUAUAUUUUUCUAAAAUUAGGUUCUCAGAUCAGCAAGGGAUCCUUGGUGCCCUAACUCAAGGAAACUGAUGCUCAGAGAGGAUAAGGAUUUGCUGGAGGCCACACAGCUAGAAAGUGCCAGGGGUGGGAUGCAAAACAGGUGCUGGGAUGGUUAAUGGAUACUUUUUGGGUUCCCAGUUCCCUAGCCCAUCAGCUAGGUCCCUGGAGACUCUCCCUGCUCCCCACUCUCCCUGUUUCCUUUGCUAUAACACAGGCAAGUGAACUCACAGUAUUUCCCCUGCUGCCUUCGCUUACUCUGUUCCCUCCUCUGGGAAUACCCUCCCUGGAAUCUCUCAUGUCUAAAUCUUACCUACCCCUUAGGGUCUUCCUCAUCUGUCCCCUCUGUGAACACUCCCCUGAUUUCUCCUCUGCCCCCAACUGAAAUCUGUGCCUUUCUCCCUUGGGAUCCCAUAGCUGGGGUCCCACUACCUUUCAUCCCCAUGAUGGCAAUUCACCCGCAUGGUGGAAAGUUCUACUGCCUGUGUCUGACUUGUCCUCUUAGGUGCAGUUGUGCUGGCAGAUCAGAAGUGCUCCCCAACACCCCUCUUUUCACCUGCCUGGUGAAGCCUCAGGACAGAGAGUGGUCCAUGGGGCAUGGGGUAGUUUCUGAAGUAAAGAUAGGCUCAGGAUUUCUGAACCCUGAAAUACCAAAUGCCCCUCAUUGAGCUGCAGCUGGAUUAUAGGGAGAAUGGCUCAGUGUGGUACCUAACAUUAUAAUGACAUGUUUUGUCUUUGUUCAUAACCCAAAGGAUUCCCACCAGAAAAUCAGAGACUUGGUUCCAAAUCCCACUUCUGCCACUUGCUAGCAGUGUGGCCAUGGGCCAGUUACCUAACCUCAGCUUCUGGCAACAGUACCUGCUUCAGAAGGCAAGGAAUCUCAUUUUCAUCUUCUGCCAGAGCCAGCAGCAGUUGGAAAAGAAGGCUGUACUCCUUGAACACCCCUGCAGGUGCCAGCCAGCCUCAAAGAGCAGGAUGGAUCUUGAUGUGGUUAACAUGUUUGUGAUCGCGGGCGGGACGCUGGCCAUCCCAAUCCUGGCAUUUGUGGCCUCGUUUCUCCUGUGGCCUUCGGCACUGAUAAGAAUCUAUUAUUGGUACUGGCGGCGGGCGCUGGGCAUGCAGGUCCGCUAUGUGCGGCAUGAAGACUAUCAGUUCUGCUACUCCUUCCGCGGCAGGCCCGGGCACAGACCUUCCCUCCUCAUGCUCCACGGGUUCUCCGCGCACAAGGACAUGUGGCUCAGCUUGGUCAAGUUCCUUCCAAAGAACCUGCACUUGGUCUGUGUGGACAUGCCAGGACAUGAGGGCACCACCCGCUCCUCCCUGGAUGACCUCUCCAUAGACGGGCAAGUCAAGAGGAUACACCAGUUUGUGGAAUGCCUCAAGCUGAACAAAAACCCGUUCCACCUGAUAGGUACCUCCAUGGGUGGCAACAUAGCUGGGGUGUACGCUGCUUACUACCCAUCGGAUGUCGGCAGCCUGUCUCUCGUCUGCCCCGCUGGCCUGAAGUACUCAAGUGAUAAUCAAUUCAUAAAACGGCUCAAAGAACUGCAGGGCUCAGCCACCAUGGAGAAGAUCCCCCUGAUCCCGUCCACCCCAGAAGAGAUGAGUGAGAUGCUCCAGCUCUGCUCCUACGUCCGCUUCAAGGUGCCCCAGCAGAUCCUGCAAGGCCUCGUCGAUGUCCGCAUCCCUCAUAACAACUUCUACCGAAAGCUGUUUUUGGAAAUCGUCAAUGAGAAGUCGAGAUACACCCUCCAUCAGAACAUGGACAAGAUCAAGGCCCCCACACAGAUCAUCUGGGGGAAACAGGACCAGGUGCUUGACGUGUCCGGGGCAGACAUAUUGGCCAAGUCAAUUGCCAACUGCCAGGUGGAACUUCUGGAAAACUGUGGACAUUCAGUGGUGAUGGAGAGACCCAGGAAGAUGGCCAAGCUCAUCGUCGACUUUUUAGCUUCUGUGCACAAUACAGACAACAACAAGAAGCUGGACUGAGGCCCCACUGCAGCCUGCAAUCCGCACACCGCAUCCACUUCCACCUCCAAAAUCUGACACGGCCACCGCUUCUCAGGGAUCCUGCCCCAAAAGUGGUCAGAGUGCCAGCAUCCCUGAGGAAGCCAGUCCCCUGCCCUAGUCACAUCCACAGAGCUUUGGGUGCCACGAAGAAAUCUCUGAGAUGUUUUUCACAAAAUAGAAACUCAUAUGGAACAAAACAAGAAAAUGGAGCCUUGAAACCUACCGAGAAGUCUUCAGGUUCUUGUUGCAAAGCGGCCACCUUGAACUAUAAUCACUGAGAACAUCAUUUCUUUAAAACAUUUUUUAUACACUGA